UUCUUGGCAGCAGGCCUAUUUCAGUUUGUUUUGUGUUUCGAAAAAAUUGUGUGUUUUUUAGAUAUUUGUUCGAAAUGCAGAACCCCAUUUGCGAACCGUUCACGAGUUGGCCAGUAAAAUUCGACAUUAACCAGCUGAUUAAAGAGUUCCAGCCGGAGGUGAAGGGUCGAGCGGUGGACGAGGACAAAUCUGCAAAGGACUUUGUAAAUCUUCCUGAUAACAAUUGGGUAGUCCUGCCCAGUUUUAAGUAUCAUUUUGAGCAUCUGAAGCCGUAUCUAUCCUGCCGGGAGAGCAAAUAUUUGAGAUGUCGCUUCCAGAGGUUUUUGGACAAUGUGCCGAACACUUAUGUAACCAUAGCUUUAUAUGGCUCAAAUGUAAGCAACAUGCCCGUGCCAAGGCGGAAAAGUCUAAAUGGUCAGUUUUACGGAGUGGAUAACAAGCUGGCUCCCGUUCCUGCAGUGGCAGAUCCUCGGUCUCCACCCCACCGAAAAUAGUUAAAUUUACUAAAACAUUUCAUAGCGAAAUUCAACCCAGGCCAAAAAAUUAAUAUACACAAAAAACCAGUACGAUAAUACUUUUAACAAUAUUCGUGUUAUUAAAUAAAUUUAAAAAUUCAUUAUUGUA